AGAGAGAACUCGGGGAGGUGAGUAAUCGGGGUGCAACCGGGCUGCAUGGCAACGCGGGCUGUGGCUGUUCCCGUUCAAUAGGACACGAAACCCGGAUUCCAUGGUGAAUGUGAAACAUGGCAGCGGGGGAAAGCGUCAAGUACUUCACUGGUUUCAGCACGGAUAUCAACUGGCGCUCGACGAAGCUCGUCAGCAGCUUGCAGCGCAUUCGCUCGUGCAGUCUGUGCGGUGUCGUUCCGAAUGAAACUCAAGUGUUGCCAUGUUCUCACGGUUUUUGUGCGUCGUGCUACCAGAUGAUCCGCCAAAGGAAUCUGUGCUGCCCCAUAGAAGGGCUUGCGUUCACCGAAAGUCAGGUAAAUGUUAUGGAAUUCCCGGAAGAACAUCUACUCACUCGUCAGGUUCAUUGUUGGAAUGCGGAUAACGGCUGCCAGUUCGUCGGUUCCUUACUAGAAGUCAACGCUCAUUUUCAUCGGGAGUGCUCUUUUCAUCACGUGAUAUGCACGAGGUGUAAUAGCUGCGUCUUGAGGCGUAACAUUCUCGACCAUUACGAGCAAGGUUGUAGGAAAGAGAAUGACGGAGUGAAUGUAAUGGCGAACGAUAUCUUACGAAGCAGCAAAGCCACGGAAGCCAUUUUGACGCGGCUGGCACACAUCCAAGCUUCUCUUCAAGAUAACAUCAACAAGCUCUCUGGGGAAGCGCUAACUGGAAUACGUGACGUGAAAUCAUCCGUUGCGAUACAAGCCCGGAAGCUGAACGAGAUCAAAGAGAAACAGGCCCAGCUCCAUCAGUCGUGUUCGGUCAGUUUAAAAAACUUGGACUCCUCCGUACACAGCAUGCCGGCGGUAAUUCGUCAUCGUGAUUGGGUCAGGAAGCUGGCGUCUGCGGUCUUCAAUAUCUCAAGUUCCAAAAUAUGUUGGGUCGUUACCGAUAUUGAGAAGCAUAGGAGCGAUGCACGACAGAGUCCCGUCCAAGUGGUCAGCGAUAAGUUCCUCUUAGCAAACUACACGGCCCGGCUCUGCCUCAAGUUCAUUCGGGACGGAGGCAACGUUGACAUGCACCUCUUCUUCAAUAUCUGUCGGGGUCCGGAUGAUGAUAGUUUGGAGUGGCCCUUUAUUCUGCCUUUGCGGAUCUCUCUGAUUCAUCCGAAGGACCGCCAGAAAACGAAGGCGAGAGGGAUCGAUCCUCCUACGAGCUCUUACCCUCACUGUUAUUAUCGUCCCGUUGAGGAUAAUAACACGGGUGAAGGUGGCAUCGUGUGUAACGGUGAUAAUCUCGAUGACUUUAUCGUCAGCAACUCCCUCCUGUUAUCCGCUGAACUACGCGCAGGUGGCAUUCUUUGACGUAGCUCAAGCAUCAUGGUGUGUGCAAGAUGGGUGCAAAUCUGCAUCUCAAUAAAGUUUUAUUUCAAAUGGGGAA